ACUGCUCAUUUUGGCACGGCUGCACAUGCGCGUCCGAGAAUGACGCAACAAAAAGUGACCCGGAAAUGCACCGCCAAUAGUAAACACAGCUGUGAAAGCUGCCGCUUUCGAAAAGAUGGUGUACGUGUCCAACGGUCAGGUUCUGGACAGCAGGAGCCAGUCACCGUGGCGGCUGUCCUUACUCGUCGAUCUCUUCUGGGAAGCAGUGGAGUUGUUUGGCCUGUAUUUUAGGACGUUGAUUAACCCACACGCAACAAAGAAUGGAAACUAUGGCUCGUCAAGCUCCAGUGAUGGCAGAGGUCCUCCAGGUCCUCCUGGUGGCAGAAGACGGAUGGGAAGAAUAUCCCACAAUCGUGGGCCCAGCGCUCCACCAAUGGGUGGAGGAUGAGGAAGGUAAACGCCUACACUAGGUGUGUAGGCGUGGGGCCUGGCACUUUGUUCGUUUGCUGAGGACCUGGAUGUCUGAUGGUGACGUCAUGGUGCUGAACCCCCUUUUCAUCGGCUGCCACUGCCACAAGCAGUUUCUUGACGCCUUUCUGGGAAUUCCUACACAUAGGGGCCAGACCGGCUGAUUCAGCGGCUAUCCACGUAAUUUCCUCCCCUUUUCCUGCCUCUGCACUCAGACUUUCCUGUCACACCAACCUCCUUGAGAAGUGCAUCACUGAUAACUCGAUUAUACUCAUCCCUCCAGGGAAUCAUAAAGUUAUUUCGUCUUUGUUUUGUAUCCUUAUGUUUAAAUAAAAACACCUGUUAAAAUAUGUUCCUUGUGAGUUUGUGUCGUUCCAUUUCUGUCACACAUGGUAACGACACGAUUCAUCUGAACAUAGAGAUGGGUAAUAAUGACAAACAUAAGAUGGCAUGCUAUUUUUUCAUCUGCACUCAAAUAUCGAUACUGUGAGAAGAAAUAAAUAGAUUUGUAAGAAGUUGGUGAUUUUUUGUUUGAGUUAUAAUGUGCAUGAUAGCAAAGAAGGUGGAGGAAUUUGUCCCCCCCAACUCUGCAGCAGCUGCAACAGUUGCAUAACGUGUACAACUUACAUGCAUUGACUUAAUCAGUUUGUGACAAGAGAUUUGGGCUGUACAACCAGCAACCUUGUGGAUUUUUUUUCGUUUCAAUAAAAUGUAACUAUUGUGUA